CAAAGAAAUGUCCUGCUUGAGGAAUUUCAGUGUUUUCUUCUCAUGCAUGUUUCUCUUCAUCAUCCAGUCAGGUCAUGGUUCUGAGAUUAUUGGGGGGACAGAAGUCAAGCCACACUCGCUGCCUUUCAUGGCCUGUUUUGUAGGUGUAGAAUCUUUGUGUGGCGGGACAUUAAUCCAUCCACAAUGGGUCCUGACAGCCGCCCACUGCAAUGAUAUGAUUCUAGUGAUACUGGGAGCGCACUCCCUCAGGAAAGUGGAAGUUGAUUCUUGGCAGGUCAGAGUGGUUGAGAAACAAUUUCCUCAUCCUGGCUAUGACAGAGUAACCAAGGUCAAUGACCUCGUGUUGCUCAAGUGGGGAAUGGGGAGCUGGUUGGAGCUACUUCUUUUGGAAGGAAGUGUGAGAGUAAAGAGAACGUACCGGGACUCUACGCAUUCAUCUCAAACAAACAACUCAGCUGGAUCAAAAAAACAAUGAAGUCAUAUGAAAUGCCAUGAAUCCACAGGCAUCAAUACAUAUGAGCUAAGCAAGACAAAAAUCUUUGAUGCUUUUAUGCUUAAUCUGCCACUGCUUUCACCAUAGAGACUACACAUAUAUGAUAUCAGCCAUCUCAUGGUUAGUACUAUCCACUGCAGAAACAUAAAACCAGAUCCUCUUUGUAGCCUUUCUCUAGGACAGUCAUUGUAAAGGUUUGUGGAUUAUUUCAUUUUCCAGAAUUGCAUUUUGGUUGCUGUUGCUGUAGAGUCUACAUAAAUGUGGCUAUUUCUGAAAGAAUUUCUACAAGAACAGUUCCUAAAAUAAUUUCUUCUUGCAGUGGAAAAUCACCUUUACCCAUCUUUUAUUGUCUUACUUGUGAAAAGAUAAUACUUACUACUGUUAACUAGAAAAUUGACAUAAAAAAUUUGUUUAUGAAAACCCCCAGCAACAUUUUUAUAUACCUUUUACAUUUUCUACUUUCUAAUAAAACUAACAGCAUGAAUAAAAAAGAUUUCUUUCUUUCUCUCUUUCGUUGUUUGUACUGCAAUUCUUUCAAAAUUGUCUUUUUACACUAACUCCUAAAUCUUUAAAAAUGUUUGUGCCCCAAAACUAAUAGUUUAGUCUUUUAUUUUUAGUAUUCAAAUUUAAUAACUUUUAAUAACUUUUAACUUUUAAUUUCUUUUAAAGAAACAUUUUUGUAAUUGUAUUUUCACAAGGCAAACAAGCAUUGUCAUUUAUGCUUAGAUUUUCGCCAUUCAAACUUUAAAAAAAUUCUGCUAUUUCUGCUUAUGCCAGUUAUGACUUUUGGUGCUCAUAACUUCUAUACUUUUUAGGAUAUUGAAUUUUUUUUGCAAUAUUUUUUGCCCAUUCCACAUUAUCAGUGGGGUCACUGAUUUUGCUCGCCGGGCUUAGCUGUGUUUUAGCUCAGUGAGAUGAGCAGCCGUUCUCAGACUGGGAGGCCCGGGUUCAAAUCCCGCUUGUGGCAACAAUAUUUUCAGUACU